GCCUACAAUGAGUACUCCCUCCAGAAGCACCUAAACUUCCGGCUAAUGGCAGCUAUGGCUGAUCCUGCUGGGAAAUAUCAAAAGCUCGCCGGGGAAUAUGCUAAGUUAAAGGCACAGAUUCCUGUUUUGAAAAAGGCUUAUCUGGAUGAACAAGGUGAAGUGAACAAUCUCAAAGAAGUGUUAAAGGAACGUGACCAAACAGUACGAAAGUAUGAGCAAGAAGUCGACAGUCUUUCGUUUCGGAAUCAACAGCUGUCGAAAAGAGUUAUAUUUUUGCAAGAAGAGCUAGAGUCAGCCGAAACAAGCAGUAAGAAGAAGCACAAGAGCAAAAGCUCAGAACCAUCGACACCGGAGAGAUCUUUGGCAGCUGCAGCUCUCAAUGGUGGAGCAAGUGUUUUCAAUGAAGAGCUGCAGAACAAGAUUGAAGAAAAUGCACUCCUUCACAAGCAGUUGCAAGAGCUUUCAGGCCAGUUUGAUGGUCAUGUCAGACAGUUGGAGACUCAACUGAAAGCUUCAGAGGAGUCUCGUGGCCAGCAUGAGGAAAUCCUCAGUGCAUCAAGACAGAGGUCCAAGGAGCAGGUGGAUAAAUUGCAGGAAGAAAAAGCAAUGCUGGAAGUCAAAAUACAGUCAUUGGAGAAUGAUUUGAAGGAUUAUCGUGGGCGAUGUGACUUAGCGGAGCAGAAACUGGUGUUAGUGGAAAAGACUCUUCAGACUCGUUUAGACAACGCUACAAAGAUUAUUGACGACAAGCUGCCAUUCAUUGAUUCCAAACUCGGUGACCUGAACGGUUUUAAUCUGCCCACCCACGACAGACGGCAUCAACUCCGAGCUAAGGAGCUCAUCACGCAGGGUGCCAAUCUAGUGGGGGAGCUGACACAAGGCCUGUCCAACUUCUUCACCUACAGCGAGCAGAGGUCCAAGAUUUACCCAGCAGAUGGAGUCACAGAGCCUCUCAGCCCUCUCAAUAUCAAAUUCUGCAAAUACCUGCAUGAGAAUAUGCUGCAUCUUCGCCCAGUGGAACAAUCUCUUCGGAGCUUUGUCAGCAACCUGAAAGAUGAUUCCCUCACAGUUCUUGAAACGGCAACAGAGCUCCAACCCUUUGCAAAGCACUUCAAGUGUAUGGUGGCUUACAUGAACAAGCUACUCCCGUACUAUAUUUCAAGUUUGGAUGAGGAGAAUGCUGUGUCGUCUUGCACAGCCACUCUGGCCUCCAAGAACAAAGAUUUACUGCAUUCCUUGAAGAAGUUGAACGCCGUCUUCAACAAACUGGACACAAAUGUGUCUUUACUUGCUGCUCAAAGCGUACAAGGUCAAGGUCAUCCGCAGGCAUCCCACAAGAAAUUUUUUUCACACCUGUGCAAGUCCUUGAACGAUUUACACGAUGCUAUCAAAGAGGUGUCCAAACAUUACAAUUCCAAAGUGUCCCUGGAGCACCAGCUUCCCACUGCAACCAAAGAGCUCAAACGAACCGAUGAGUGUGUUGUGGCAUCGCUCAUUUCUUUGGUCACAAACACUGGAAAAAUGGCAGCCUUCAUGUCGGGUAACCUGGACUUCUUCGCUCAGCCCGCUGGCUACAGGACCAGGGGUUGUAGCGUGGGCUCCGAGUCGGCAGAGGGCCCCAGAUCUCAUCCUGCCGUGAACAACUUCAGGCAUAAAGCAGCCCACUACCUCGCUCGUAUCAACAAGCCUUUCCCCGAGUCAGUGCCUCAUUGUGUCGCUGUGCAGAACAGGAAAACUCUGCUUAGCUCAGCUGAAAGCAAGGAGGGACUUGCCAAACAGAUAUCUGUAUUCCAAGAAAAGCUGACCAAACUUGAACAAGAGAAGGAGCACUAUUUGUUGGAGCUGCAGUUACUCAAGAUCAAGUUUGAAAAUGAACAAGUGAAAACCAAACAGUUGGAGAAGGACUUGGAGUCGGCUCGCUCGACCUCAAGCGGCGUGAGUUCUGCCCCAUCCGUCUCGCUGGAGGAUCACAUCGAGAAGCUUGCCUUGCCCUCGGACGCCAGCACUCGCUCGGACUCGGUGAAUUCUGGAUCAUAUAUAGACACAAGUAUGCUGGGCCAGGUGGAGUCCAGUGGAGAUGUCCGCAGUGAUGUGGACACCCGGGAACAGCUGAUCAUGAGCCACUACAAGGGUAGGGUCAACGAACUGACGCUCUCCCUCCAGCAAGCAGACAGCAAGGCUGUGCACUUCCACGCUGAGGUGAGGGCACUGCAUAAACAACUGAAGAUUGCAGAGAAAUCUAAAGAGGUGGGCCAGGAUGAGCUGAAACUAGCAAACCAAAGUCUAGCACAAGUAAAGGAUGAACUUCAGACAACAACCAGGAGCUAUGAAGGUCAGCUGAGCAUGAUGAGCGAGCAUCUGGCUGGGAUGAACGAGAAGCUGGCGCAGCAGAAGGACGAGAUUGAUGAGCUCAAACAACAGUUGACGCAGAAAUCUUCUUCGUCGUCUAAGAGUGGCAAGAAAUCCAAGAAAUAGCGGCCCCUCUCCCCACAUGUGCAUAACCCGGAAGUCUUUCCUGGCCGGUCAAUGGUUCCACCGUUGGGUCAUGCCCCUACGGUUGUCUGCUCAGAGCUCCCCGGGCACCAUCAAAGAAGCUCACCAAGUUUCCUCAUACUGUCCAGUCUCAGUUCCAGUGCAGCUGCACCUCCUGUCACUUUGGUGCUCAGUGUCUUCAGAAAAUUGAAUGUCUCACCGACAAGUAAAAUGAGGCACAAGUCGCUACGGUUGUUGCAGAGUGUUCCCAAAAAGCAAAGCUUUGGUUCUCAUUGUUAUCUUGUUUUUUCCAGGCAUGUUCGGGGUGUAUUUGUUGUUGUUGUUGUUUGUUUGUUUUUGGGGGUUUUUUUGUAGAAAUACGUUUGUUUGUAAAAAAUUGAUAUUAACGCAGUAAUUCAACAGUGACAUGUGCUUCAUUUUGACUGGUCACAAAAACGUUAAUGUGUGUGAACAUAUGUUUAUUUGCUCUGUUUGAAAUUUCCUCUACUUGUUAAAGGGUGUAUAAGA